AUGAAAGCAAUUCUGCAACGCGUGCUGUCGGCCUCGGUUACGGUCGAGAAGGAGCUCGUCUCGUCGAUCGGCAAAGGCGUCCUUGUCUUUGCGGCUGUGGCUCCGGGGGAUACAGAGAAGGAUGUUGACUCGUUGGCCGCCAAGGUCGUCAACAUGCGGCUGUGGGACGACGAAGAGGGCGGCAAGUGGAAGAAGAAUGUCCUGGACAUUGGCGGCGAGAUCCUGUGUGUCUCACAAUUCACGCUCCUGGCCUCGACCAAGAAGGGCAACAAGCCGUCAUUUCACGGAGCACUGAAUGGCGACGAGGCCCAGAGGCUCUACAGCUACUUUGUGCAAAAGGUGCGGGAGAACUUUGCGGCCGAGCGCGUCAAGGACGGCGUGUUCCGGGCCAUGAUGGAGGUCGCCCUUGUCAACGAUGGCCCGGUGACACUGGAAUUGUCAACGCCAGCCAAAUUGGUUCCGCACACGGGACUGGAUGUCCUGAAAACGAUAUAA